GUGGGUACAUGAUCGGAGCGUGCAGCGUUUAUCGUGUUUUUACGAUAACAAACAACCAAGCUAUUAAUGUAAUGCUCAAAACAAACAAAUGAGCUCAUUAUAAUCUCUUUAAUAAGCUGAAUACGUUUACCGGAGUUUAGUCUAGUUGUUACAUUGGUUUUGUGAGCUACUUUCCACACAAUGUCUCAAAACAAACAAGAAUUGCGCGUUGUGACAUAUAUGUGUCCAACGCAUCCGGUUCAACUUUACGAAUUGAUACUGGAGUUACUAGAAGAAGCGUUGGGUUGUUAUACUACUUUACAAUAUGAAAGCAGAAGCCCAGGACCAUUACCGGAUCGUCCUGAUCCAUUUUCCACUAAUAGAGUGGAUUUGGCGUUCAUGACAGCGUCCUCAUAUAUGAAACUGCGGGAAAAUAGAAACGUUAACAUUGAAUUGCUACCAGUAACACCAGUUUUCGCUCACCAGAUGAAUGUGGAAAAUAAACCAGGAUAUUUUUCUGAUAUCAUUAUACACCGUGAUAAGAAGGCUCAUAACGUAAAUACGUUACUGGAUCUUCGCGGUUGUACAUUUGCCUACAGCGACGAGGAAUCUCUGAGUGGAAGUAAAAUUGUACUGAAAACUUUGAAAGGAAAAGGCGAAAAUGCUUCAUUUUUCGGAUCUCUGCUGAGAUCUGGAUCACAUUUGUCGUCGGCUCAGAUGGUGCUCUCUAAACAAGCAGAAUGGGCUGCAGUUGAUUCUACAACUCUACUUUUUUCAAAAAAGUUCAUGUACGAUGGUGGCAAAGAUAUUAUAACCCUGGAAACUUUAGGUCGAUUGCCACCAUAUCCUAUCGUGGUAAAUGCUAAACUAAGUGGAUUCGUGUUGAUGUUGUUAAUGAAACAAUAAUUGUUUCGUGUCCUCCGGGCGGUCCUCGCAGUGAUGACACCCGUGCUUUUCCUCCCGCCCAAUCAGAAACAGGAACCUACCCAAACUCCCAUGUUCGGUAAGCACCUGCAUCAGGCGGUAGGUGAGGACGCCGUGGCGUCUCUCUAGCCACUCCUCAAACAAGGGACUUACCGCUGCAACGACAGCGAGCCCAGAUACAUGUAGAAGGGGAAGGACACUAUUUAAUAUUCUAGUUCAGAAUCUGUGAAUUUGUUGUCCUUUCGGUUUAAAGCAAGUACAAGUAACCUUGUUUGUGUGAUUUCUAAUUAAUA